AUGAGCCGCACAUGCUGUGUGAGUAUGUCCAACUACACACGCUCCUAUCCUUACACAAGACCCACGCGACCAUCAACUUUGAGAAUAGUACACGCAUUACACAACAUAUCGACGCACCGAGGCCACCACUGGUCCAACUCGGCCCGCACCCAGUCGCAAAUCGACAGUGAUGCAAGGGAGGGCGAGGCUGCAAGGGCCCCCAGGAGGGAACGGACAGCAUGGCGGGCGAGGGCCCCUGGCAGAGGCUACUUUGGCACAACGUGUCCUGAGCACCGGUUCGUAGAUCCCGCCCGCAACUCUGUCGCAAUAUUUGGGGCGUCACCAUGCGGCUGA